CGCCAUGCCUGUUGCGCUCGUUUCCCAGCAUGCAUCGCGAAUUUACAUAGCCAUCUUGUCGGGAGGUGAAAUUUUUAGAUUUUCUGUUUCCGAAGUCUGCUAGUUAUAGUUAGCCAUAAACUUUCAUUUCAAACCAUUUUCGUGUUUGUUUUGUUAGUACGCCGGCAUCUAGUCGCCGAGUGUCGCGACGUAUUUAGGCGGCGUUUAAACGCGCUCGUUCAGGAUGUGUUUGAUACUUAUAUGUAACGUUUGGUAGAGAAGUGAGAGGCAGCAGGGGGAGUGAACGCAGCCGAAUCUACGACAGCGGCCUUACACACACCGCCCUUACCGAGCUCUGAUCACCAGCAUAUGAGGAUAAAUUAAUAACCGACACGUCAUCUCGCGCACACCGCUCGCGGAGGUUGUCUUCGUCCGCCGCGCGCGCGUCGAAAAUGCAACAGGAGAGAAGAGGAAGACGGAUGACGCACGAUCGUCGCGGAAAACUGUGAAAUUCGGGGCAACUGAUUGCUGUUUUGUCAAGUCAGCGGCGUCUUUAAGGUGUCUCAAAAAGCUGUUAAGCAUGUCUAAGAUGCCGGCCAAGAAGAAGAGCUGCUUUCAGAUCACGAGUGUGACUCAGGCUCAAGUCGCGGCCAACAGCGCGACCGACGACACCGAGAGCCUGGAUGACCCGGAUGAGUCCCGGACAGAGGACGUGUCCUCCGAGAUAUUUGACAUGUCCAGGACUGAGGUAUGUGACAGGAGCUCCUCAGAGGAGACUUUGAACAAUGUGGGGGACUCGGAGGGCCAGACCCCUCAGAACGGCGGGGUUGGCCCGCGCAACUUGGGUCACCACCAGGGCAUCCAGGCCUCUGGGACUCAAACAGCGCAAGUCACUAGUUCAUCAAGCGCGACGACUAUAACCAGCUGCAGUUCUCGCUUCAGGGUCAUUAAGCUUGAUCACGGCACCGGAGAGCCCUUCAGGAGGGGCCGGUGGACCUGUAUGGAGUAUUACGAGAAAGACCCAGAGGGCUCUGUGAUGAGCAGGACUGUGGAUAGUAUAUGGCACACCAAUGUGACCGAGCCCGGAGCGGAUCGAGACAGUGGGCUCGGGGCCACCGUCUCCUCCGUAAUGGCUCCUGAUGUAAAUUCAGAUGGGUCUUGUUUCACCGGCCCGCCUCAUAAUCUAGAACCGCACAGCUUCAACGUGGCCCUGGGGUCCGGGUCACCUGAGUCCUUUAGUAAUAAGCCAGUGCCUCCGUCUGCUCAGCACGGUCUCCAUCCGCCCGCUCACGAGGGAGGACACCCGGGUGCCCAUCUUCAGAAAUCUCCCAGCAUCUCUCCUUCGCCUCACAUGCAGCCGCUGCUUUAUCAACCCCAGCCUAUUACGCACCAACUGCAAAGCCAGCCGGCUCUGAUAUCAACCAGUCAGCCUGAUUACAGCCAGCGCAGCAUGCCCAUUACAGUCACCCAGACUCUCCCUGGGGUGAGCCUUUCCGUCGGACAUGUCAUCAGUCAGGGGUCGUCCCCUCUUCCCACCCCGGCCACAGGAGGGGUGCAGGUUCUGGGUACAGUAGAAAUGUCUGGUGUUCCCUUAGGGAGCACACCGGUGUCGUCUGUCCCAAAUCUGGCGGUGGGGCUGUUGAGCAGCUUCGCCCCUAUGCCCUCCAUUCAGCAGCAACAAUACCAGGCCUCAGGAGUAAUGCAUGGUUUAUCAACAACUCCGCAAAGCACUCAGAGCUUGCCUGUAGCACCAGUGACGCUCGCAGUAGGAUCACCCAAUACUUCCGUGCACAGCCAGGCGUCCCAGUUUCCCCGCAAUGGGACGGCAGCGGGAAUGGCCGCCAGCAUCUUCAGCCAGACGGAUGAGAGUUGGAGGAUGUCUGAUGUGUCUGCGCAGGUUUACAGUAAAGACAUGAUGAAGCCCUUAAUCACAGAAGGCCUGCAGUUGCCCAGUCCGGCUGUCAACAGUCUUUUCGGUAUACCCAUUCCCAUUGAUGGGGAGGACGACAGGAAUCCCUCCACAGCUUUCUUCCAAGCCUUCCAGUCUGGCAGUAGGCUGAAGGACUCAAAGAUGACCUGUGAUAGACUCAACCCACUUUGGACAAAAAGCCCUGUAAGAGUAUCAGAUGGAGGCUGCGCCCCACACACAGCACUGUACUCCACUGUACUGUUAGCACUGAUUGUGGUGGAUAUGAGGAGCAGACUGACUCGCGCUCUGCAGUACUCACGCUGCUGCUCCACGAGCCAUCCGGUUUCCACACACCGCAGUGCCUCUGGAGCAAGUGUGGUUGCCAUUGAUAAUAAAAUAGAACAAGCAAUGGAUUUAGUGAAAAGCCAUCUGAUGUAUGCUGUGCGGGAGGAGGUGGAGGUGUUGAAAGAGCAAAUCAAGGAGCUCUACGAGAGAAACUCUGUGCUGGAGCGAGAGAACGCAGUGCUCAAGUCUCUGGCCAACAACGAACAGCUCUCUCAGCUCACUGUCCAAUCCAGCUCCAGCUCCAGCCCCUCCAGCGCUCCCGUCCCGGGCCAAGCCCAGCCCCAGCCUCAGCCUCAGCCUCAGCCUUACCUUCCACUGGACUCCAGCCAGAGCGCAGACUCCCUGCCCCGACAGCCACAGCCCAGCGUCACCUCGGCCUGAAGCAGCAGAAACCCGACUCGUUCACUCGGACCACGGUCGCCACUUCCCCCACCCGGACCAGCUGGAGAAAUUGUGAAGAGAGUUAUUUUUUUAAUAAAGAGAAUCCAGCCAUGAAAGAGGUGUAUUUUUUAGCAUUGCAGUUUUCACGUAAGAAGCGAGAGUCUAUUUUCAGAGCCACCGUACUUCGUGUGAUUUCCAUUCACCAGUCAAUUCAAUUGUACUGUUUGUUAUUUAUUAUAGGGCUGCUAUUUUCCGAGAGGAACAAUGUCACAGAACCCUUCGAUCCGACAGCGAGCGGCAGUCUUACCGUAUCGAUCAUCAAUGCAAGUGUAAACGGUGACAGAGUAGCAGUGGGUAGAGUUUAAACACUAACAGCGACGUUUCUCUGUGGAUUAAGAAUGUGAACCUGGUGUGAAUGUACAUUGUGUAUAGUGUAAAGAUAAAAAGAGCGUAACAAGUUUGUACAGGUUUGUGGGCGAAGAUCUAAACUGAAUCCUCAAUGGUCUACCCUGAUGAAGAAAGCUUGUAGGAUG